AGUCGCAGCCGUUCUAGCGGCUCACCGCGCAUGCGCGUCAGUUACCCCACUGAAGAGGGAGACAUGGCGACGUCCCUGAUCUGCGGCCGUUUGACGGCUAGCCUGAGAAACUCGGGGGCCAGAAGCACUCUCAGCUCCGCUUCCAAGGUUCUCGCUGGAUCCUCGGGUCUUUUCGGAGGCCAUGUGUCCCAGCUCCUGCAGCAGCGGAGGAACCUCUCCCUGCACGAGUACAUGAGCAUCGGGCUGCUGAAGGAGGCCGGCAUCGCCGUGCCGGACGGCAUGGUGGCCAGCUCCCCGGACGAGGCCUACUCCGUGGCCAAGCAGAUCGCGUCAAAGGACCUGGUGGUGAAGGCUCAGGUGUUGGCUGGUGGCAGAGGAAAGGGGACGUUUGAGGGCGGACUGAAGGGAGGAGUGAGGAUCGUCUACUCGCCAGAGGAAGCCCGGGACGUCUCCUCCCAGAUGAUCGGUCGGAAGCUGUACACCAAGCAGACCGGGGAGGCGGGUCGUAUCUGCAACCAGGUGUUCAUCUGCGAGCGCAGGUACCCGCGCAGAGAGUACUACUUUGCCAUCACCAUGGAGAGGUCCUACCAGGGCCCCGUGUUAAUUGGCAGCUCGCAGGGGGGCGUGAACAUCGAAGACGUUGCCGCCGAAAGUCCCGACGCCAUUGUGAAGGAGCCCAUCGACAUUGUGGAGGGCAUUAAGAUGGAGCAGGCUGUCAAGGUCGCUCGGGAGAUGGGCUUCCCCCCGGCGCUGGUGAACGAGGCUGCAGAGAACAUGAUCAAACUGUACAACCUGUUCAUCAAGUACGACGCCUCCAUGGUCGAGAUCAACCCCAUGGUGGAGGACGCGUCUGGAAUCGUGAUGUGCAUGGACGCCAAGAUCAACUUUGACUCCAACGCGGAGUACCGUCAGAAGAUGGUGUUUGGCAUGCGGGACUGGAGCCAGGAGGAUCCCCGGGACCAGCAGGCUGCCAAGGCCGACCUCAACUACAUCGGCCUGGAUGGAACCAUCGGCUGUCUGGUCAACGGCGCGGGUCUGGCCAUGGCCACCAUGGACAUCAUCAAGCUCCACGGCGGUACACCUGCCAACUUCCUGGAUGUUGGAGGAGGAGCCACAGCUCAUCAGGUGACCGAGGCCUUCAAGCUCAUCACCUCCGACAAAAAGGUUCAGGCCAUCCUGGUCAACAUCUUUGGAGGAAUCAUGAGGUGUGACGUCAUCGCCCAGGGCAUCAUCGUCGCCGUGCAAGAACUGGACCUCAAGAUCCCCAUCGUAGUGCGGUUACAAGGGACCAGAGUGGACGACGCCAAAGCUCUGAUCGCUGCCAGUCCACUGAAGAUCCUGGCCUGUGACGACCUGGACGAGGCCGCCAAAAUGGUUGUCAAGCUUUCUGAAAUCGUCUCGCUGGCUAAAGAGGCUCAAGUGGACAUCACCUUCCAGCUGCCCAUCUAAGAAAAGGACCUGCGCGACCUCCUCCCCCCACACCCCCCUCCCCCCCAAACGCUUCCUCCAUCCCACCCCCCCGAGAGGAGAGAGCAAAGACGCGUCGUUUUCUCUUUGUAGUGCUGCGGCACGAUGGCAGGACUCUGUUCAGGUGUCCAACAGAUAGACCAAAGGUUUCACUUCAGAAUCCUUUAUUUUUUAUUUUAUUUUUCUUCCUGUCUCAACCCCACAAACCCUAGUUGCACUUCAGUCGAUACGCACAAACCUCCACUUUCAUAUCCUUCAAACACGCGCUCAAUAAACCUAACUGCUGUUUCCUUCCUCCUGUUCGGUAUUGUUCCCUGUUUUCGGCGGCGUUGAAUUGAAUAGGCGGCUGAUUUUUGUUGUUGUGUCGAGUGGAUUCGUACGGUUGACUGAAAAGGCAUCUGGACAAGGAUUGUAAUUCUGAACGCAUUCAUUAACACACACACACACACACUUUUGUGCCCGUGCCUUUUCAGUGUGUUCGUCUCAAAAUAGAAAUGUAACGGAAUUAAAAAAAAAAAAAAAACGUUUGUUCCCUCCGUGAAGAACAUUGAAGUAUUUCAUCAAACGCAUCCAUCAGCCGUGAACUCCAACGUGCAGGCGGAGCGACCGGGCAAGCAUUCAUUUCACAAGAGCUUCAUAGACUGAGCCACGGACACAAAUGUUCAUCAGUUCUUAUUCCCAAAUUAAAUAAAACCACCAUUUUUUAUUUUUUUAAAGCAUCUAGGAGAAAUGUGUUACGACUCUGACCCGAAAAUGUGAUCGUCAUUCACCAUUUAACUCCAGUUUCAUCUUUCCGUGCGAUAUCCAAAUAUCAUCCACAGACGUCACUGUCUCCACUUUCACCUGAAAAAGAAAAGGAGCGGGAGUCUCACAGCUGGACAGAUUGAUGUUGACGUGGUGGACAGUGAGACUUAUAAAGCUCUCCUUCCAACAGCUGUAUAAUCUUACUGUUGAUCAGAGUCCCGACGGUAAAGACUCUCGCGUGCGCCGACACAUCUCAGAUCUUUAAAUGACUCCCAUGAAUAUUUCAGUGUUCCCGUUGUCGGAGGUGAACCCUCCCCCCCCCCCCCCCGCCCCUCCCCACCGGGGGAGGAACUUGACAGUGGAGCCGAGCGUUAAGCGAUGUCCUGAGUCCACUCCGUCGACCCGGAUGAAGGAACACUCCUCUUCCUCCUCUUUCUUCCCCAGCGUAGUGUGCAUCCCCCCCACCCCCCCCCCCCCCCCCUGCUGAAAUGAUGCAUGCGUUUAACGAGGGCGCGCUGAGGCGAGGUGCUCAUCAGGUGAGGUCUUCAGAGGCCGUCGACGGCAGGUCUAAGGUCAGCUUCAGGUUCAGGCCCAAGUCCCUCAUUAAAAAUAACUGCUGCAGCUAGAGUUGUUUUUUUUUUUUUUUUUUUCUCCUUUGUUCCUGCUGAUGCAUUUUGCCCGACUGACCCCCCCGCCCCCCCCCCCCUGUUGAUUGAAGAAGUGCUUCAGGGUUCAACGGGGGCUCGUGCGGUGGCUUCGCUGUCUGUGCAGCCCGCCAUCGUGCCCCGCAGCGCGAGCCUCUCUCUCUCUCUCUCUCUCUCUCUCUCUCUCUCUCUCUCUGUGUUCCUGUUUGUAACGUCAGACUUUAGGCCCGGCCGUGACCUUUAACCUCAACGAUAUAAUGACUGUAGUGGUUUCUUUUACCUCCUCCUCCUUCAGCGCUCCGAACACAAAGCAACAAUGUGAGUUGUACGUCAUUUGUUAUAUCUUGUAAAUAACUAAACUGAUGUUCUCUCUGUAAAAUAUUUAUGCUCCUUCAAUGGGGUGCUACAAAGAAACAAGAAAAUAAAUACUGAGGACACCAA